UUUGAAGUCAUUCAUAAACCUGUAAAUAUCAAACUCUUUACCUUUUGCAUCUCUAACCCAAAUCCCCUUAAAUCAAACUCUCGUUUUCUAUCUCCUAUUUCUCUCACCGUCGCCGCCUCCGUAACCGCCCGCUAUGGCGGCGACUCACGCCCCUCCGACUCCGACGAAGAUCGAUCCCUCGACAUCUCCGCCCUCAGGUCAGCUUCGGUUAGACUUAUUGAUGCGAAUCAGAACAUGGUCGGAGUCGUGUCUAAGAUUCAGGCACUUCAAAUGGCUCAAGAUGCUGAACUUGACUUGGUGAUAGUAUCCCCAGAUGCAGAUCCUCCUGUUGUUAAAAUGAUAGAUUACAAUAAAUAUAGAUUUGAACUGCAAAAGAAGAAAAGAGGACAGCAGAAAAAAAGUGCUGUUAACCAUUCCAAUCGGGUGGAUUUGAAGGAGCUCAAAAUGGGAUUCAACAUAGAUCAACAUGACUAUUCUGUGCGGUUGAAAGCUGCACGGAAGUUUUUGAAAGAUGGUGACAAAGGUUGCACGAAUUUUUUAGUUAAGAUCAUAGUGAACCUUAAAGGCCGUGAAAACGAAUUCAGGAAUAUUGCUAUUGAGCUUAUUAAACUUUUCCAGAGUGAUGUUGGGCAGCUUGCAACAGAGGAGAGUAAAAGCUUCCGCGACAGGAACAUCUUCAUAGUUAUGGUUCCAAGUAAAGCUGAUCUGCAGAAAACUCAAGAACCACCAAAGGAAAGAGACAAGUCAGCAGCAGAUGAAGUCUCCGCUGGUGUCCAAGCAUAACUGUAAACUUUCACCAAGUUUCUAAUUGUAGAAUAGAGUGUGGGUAACUUACAUUCUUCAUCGAGGUUGGGAUCUCUGAGUGUUUUAUAGCAUAUGUAUAAUUCCUAAAUGAUAGUUCUCUUCAACGAAUAUAAGUUACUAGAGGGAUCCCGCUAGCCUAAGCAAUCUUUCAU